AUGAAUCAUAUUGUUGGGAAGGUGGCAGAAACCAGCAUCCAUGAUGUGCGUCUGGAAAGGCACUUUAUGCGUUCAAACUCGCGACGACACUACUUGAUCUGUGCAGAAGUUGACGCCGCAACUUCACAAUUGUUAAAUUGCCGGCGGGUGGAAUGGAAACUCCGCAAAAAGGCCUUCCUUCUCUACAGACAGACUUGUCAGGCUCUGACCACUGGCAACACCUCUAAACCACCGACCGUAGGCGCCGGCGGUGGAGGUGUCGGUGGUGGUGGAGGCAAUGAAUCGGUAAACAAGACUCGUACUUUGCUUUUGCGAAAACGUCUACCCGAUAGGACUUCCUCAACUUCGUCGGCUUUGAAUAAAACCUUAAGGCGGAGCGCCACUCUGUCUACUUCUCAUCCGGCCACAGAACUCGAAGCGGUGGACAGUCCUGUUGCCAAGCUUGCAGAACACCCUGCUCUCCCCUCAAAGGUAGCUCGUGCUGUGUGGCGCUCAGUGUCCGACUACUACCGGUCAAUCUUGGCGAGCGAGGACGCGCGAAUCGAAUGGCAUUCUGCAAUCUUCCAAAAUGCAUUUAAACUGUACGCACUCGAACGCCUGCGGUUAAACAAUUUGCUUGAAAACCUCAACGCCUAUCGCUCCACCAUCACAGAUUCUCUUCAAGCAAUUUCGAAAGCCAUUUCUGACACAAAGUUAUUUGUGCUAUGUCAGGACGCCAGUCUAAAGGCGAAUCCCAAGGAGGACUUUGUGGCCUUCCACGAGCUGGCCUUCCUGCCAGGCCCCGGCAGCACCUCGCAGUCGCCGCUCGUCAUCACCCGCCCCGUCGCCACCGACCUCUCCAAGGCCGCGGCCACGGCGGACCCCUCCAGGCUGGUUUCGAUCGCCCCUCGGUACCAGUGCAUCUCACCGGCCGCCCGGAGCCAGCGGCCAUGCAAGCCGCCAGAACAGCGACUGGCUGUUGUGGCCAGCUCCAAGCAGAGCCUCCUUUUCAUUCCUGGCGAAGUUGACAGCCUCUAUGUUCCCUCCGCUGAGAUACGCCAGCAGUCCAUCCAACGGGCCCUUCAGAAGCGUUUUUUGGUGCCUGCUCGUGCUGAAACACCACACAUCAGUGACGAUGCACUUGAGGAAUCCAGGAAAAAGUCCGAAAAGGCUGCCUUCUCUCGCCAGUUGCUAAUGGCUAUUGUCGAUAUCCUCGCUCGUGAAUGUCAAAAAGAGGAAAGAACAAAGCAGGGUUUGACUAAUCUAGUUCAAGUUUACUCAACAACACCACUGUACGCAAACGAGGAGACGCUGGCAGAGGCCCGACGUCGUCUUUUUUUCUCUCGCUGUCGCCUGGCCUACUUGUGCGCGUGUCGGGCGCGUUUGGCCUGUCUGUUCGCCCAGGAGUCCGCGGACGGUGACAAGUCCAAACCCCCACGGUCCCUCCACAUUCGCCUCUCCGAAGCAGGCUUUGAAGCCUCCAGUGGGAACCUUGGAACCGGCUUGGAAAGUGUACCCGCCGACCUCUCCGCCCUCAAGCGGUACGCAUCUUCCCUCCUUUCUAGGAGCGUUCCUGUCCUCCUUCCUCCCAGUCUUCCCGAAGGCUUUACCAAAAAUGUGCUUGCUCCCUGUUUUUCUCUUAUUGUGCUUGUUUUUGUUAUAGAAUGGCCUCCGGUGACGCCAGAAAUCAGUGACCUUGAGGUCAUUCCCCCAGAUGAUCUUCAAAUUUACAAUCCAUACCUCGCGAUGGAUCUGAGUCGGUUCAGUUGGAUGGCUUAUGCAGACACCCUCUUCUCCGGCACAGGAUCAGUAACGGGUUCUUCCGUUACCGAUGAAAACGACGCCAUCGUCACAGACAGUGACUUCGAGGAUGACUUUGAAGGAGUUAAAAUUGAAACCGCAAAAACUGUUUCUGCUGCCUCAAAGGUCGUUGGUGCGCCGUCGGCCACAAAACCGCUGAGUAAACCGAGUAAAGUGGUCAGUGGAGCCGCGAAGAGACCAUCCGUCUCCAGACCAGCUCCCAUCCAAAACGUGAACGGUGACACCAGGCCUAAUAACAGCAAAGUACCUGAGACCAAGACGACUGUCACAAAGAACCAAUCAAUAGCUUCGGAAAAAUCAUCAAUUGAGCGUUUUCCUGUCAAGUUGGCAAAAGACUCCCCAACGAAGAGUCCCACCCAGCGGGCCCCAUCGAGGCCCUCGAGCUAUGCCUCCACUUGUCGUUCCACCCCACAGAGCACAGCCGCCUCAACUGCCAGCUUCCAAACGCCUGCAAAGGCAGCACCCGCCACCAAGAAAGCCUCUAGACCCACGUCAGUGGUAGGGAAGUUGACCAAACAAAGUCCACAUGCUGGACAGAGGGCGACCACGUUGCGGCACACGGAAAAAAAGCUAGCCCCCUUGAAGGUGGACGCGAAACCGAGGUCCGUUGCACUAAAGGGGACUGUGCAUCCCGAAACCAAGCCAAAUGCUGGCCAGUCAAAACCAACUACCACGUCGCCACCCACGAGCCCUGCCUUUUCACCAGUCUUAGACAGCACUGAUGCAUUUAUGGACGAUGACGUUGGUGAGGAAAAUUCGGACACGGCACAAAUUGGUCCAUUGUCGCGGACCAUUGUCCAUGAAGAGCGACUUGCGAACAUCGGGCCGAUCAAUGGUUGUGGCGAUGUUCUCUCACAUGACGUUAAUGAAAAGCUGCCGGACUCGGGUGCAUGUUCCCAAACGGAGUCGCUAAAGGAAGAUAAAAAGAAGAAAAAUCCGGCAAGUUUUUCCUCGAUAUUCUCCCUCCUGGGUCGGAAGGUGAAUGGAGGCAAAAAGCCGAAGCAUCAGCGACCGCAAAUUGAGGCUCCCUGGCGGGUGGAGCCUGACGCAAAUGGACUCGCCUCGGGGACUGAUGGGGCGCCUGACGGUGACCUGCGAACGCUCCCCGAUUCCGCGUCUUUCGGUGACACCCUCCAUGCAUCACCAUCCAAUUUCAGUCUUCAUUGCAUAGGAUGGGCCAAAGUCAUCACCAGUUACGCUCCACAAAAACCUGGGGAACUCUCACUUCUUGAAGGUGAAAUUGUGAGCAUCCUUCAAAAAACCAGCCCAACGUGGUGGAUAGGCGAGGCAGGGGGAAAUUGUGGACGAUUUCCGGUGGCCAACGUGGAGGAGUUCUAG